UAUCAAUCGAUUGUAGGUGUCACCCAAACAAAUCACGUGAAUUGUGAUGGCAAGGUCUCUCAAAGUAAAUUAUUUUGGAAAUUAAUUUCUACAACAAAUUCCUCCAUUUUCUUCACUUACAUCUGGUUUUCAAAUUUUUCUGCAUACGAAAUGUCGGAGUACUGGCUCAUAUCAGCUCCCGGAGAAAAAACAUGCCAGCAAACAUGGGAUACACUUAACAACUACACCAGUAAUGGAGGGCUUUCGGUCAAUUAUAAGUUUGCCAUUCCAGAUUUGAAGGUCGGGACACUGGAUCAGCUCGUUGGUUUAUCGGAUGAUCUUGGUAAAUUGGACACUUUUGUUGAGCAGGUUUCUCACAAAGUAGCUUCGUAUCUGGGUGAGGUGCUCGAAGAUAAUCCUGAUAAACUUACAGAAAAUUUACUCGCCAAUAAUGUGGACCUGGCGACUUAUAUCACGAAAUUCCAAUGGGAUAUGGCAAAGUACCCCAUCAAACAGUCUUUACGUCAGAUAGCAGACAUUAUUAGCAAGCAAGUCGGACAGAUAGAUGCAGACCUCAAAACCAAAUCAGCUGCCUACAAUAACCUGAAAAGCAGUCUUCAGAAUAUGGAAAAGAAACAAACUGGAAGUUUAUUAACAAGGAAUCUAGCUGAGCUUGUAAAGAAAGAGGACUUCAUCCACGACUCAGAAUAUUUAACCACAUUGUUGGUAGUUGUUCCAAGGGCAAGCUUUGCUGAAUGGCAUGCAAACUACGAAAAACUCACCGACAUGAUUGUUCCACGUUCCAGUAAUAUUGUUUCUCAAGAUACGGAUUAUGGUUUAUUCACAAUAACACUCUUCAAAAAAGUGGUUGAUACCUUCAAAAUUAAAGCUAGAGAACAUAAAUUUAUCGUACGAGAUUUUGUGUACAAUGAAGAGGAACUCGCUGCUGGAAAGAAUGAAAUCACAAAAUUGGUUACGGACAAAAAGAAGCAGUUUGGUCCUCUGGUUCGGUGGUUGAAAGUUAACUUUAGUGAAUGUUUUUGUGCUUGGAUCCAUGUCAAAGCACUCCGUGUCUUCGUAGAAUCAGUACUCAGGUACGGACUGCCAGUUAACUUCCAAGCAAUGCUGCUACGUCCCAACAAGAAGAAUACCAAAAGAUUGCGAGACGUCCUUCAGCAACUGUAUGGUCAUCUGGACAGCAGUGCCCAGCAAGGUUCUGGUGCUCAAGAUGCUGUCGAUAUUCCUGGUCUGGUCUUCGGUCAGUCGGACUACUACUCUUACGUUUAUUAUAAGAUCAACAUCGAUAUGGUCGACUCAAAAUGAAAGUGAAAGAACAAACAUCCAAAGAAAGAAAGGUUAAGUGGGCUAUUGAUUCAGUGUACUCUCCUGUUUUCCGCAAUAGUAUUUAAUGCCAUUUACGUUUACGACCCUGUAUCAUUUCUUUAUUUGGAAAAGCAGUCUCGAGAUUUCAAAAAGUUGCCAUUAAUAUGAAAUCUGUGGCACUGUUGUAGGCUUGUUCUAUAAAUACUGAAUUCUGUCGUCUAUGAUUAAAUCAAUCUUUGUUUGUACCUUUGAACAAUAGCCAUUGCUUACCGCAGUCUGUAAAUAUUCCCCUCAUCCAAGAGUAUGAGAAAUGAACACAGAAGUUCUAAAUUCAGAAAUUUUAAAGUGCGCUAGAAUGGUAUCUAUCAGCAGCUAUUUUCAAUUGAUUUUUUCAGAAAGAGAAAAGGAUUUAGAAAUUUUCUGCAUUUCUCUGGACCUUCUUGGAAAAGUUCCGUACUUGGAGACAAAAAUAUUGAAAAGGUGCCAAUGUUUUAUGGGUUAAAAAUUGAAAGUUUGAUUUCCUCUCUUUCUUUUUUUUUUAAGUUCUUUAGGCCUUCUUAAUAUUUUUUGAUGGUUGAUUCACUAAAAAGAGGCUCCAACUCGAAAAGGGGAGGGCGCUCUUUUCGAAAACUUCAAUCAUGAAAUGAAUACAAAAUAUGUCUGGCUCUUUUGAUUUUUUUUCUUAGGAGAUUAAAAUUUUCCAACUUUUUUGCACGCUUGUCAUAAGUAAAUAUUAGUUUCAAAAGUAAGCGUGAGCUGCAAAACUAUGAAGUCCCUGAUUGAAUGAACUGCAGUUAAAGUUCCAUUUCUCUAUCUUUUCAAUUUUUUCAAACUUAUUAUUUAUGCUCUAAUUUUUUUCAUCUUCCUCUUUCCUCAUAAAAUGUUCACUCAUUAAUCAGAACAAUGCGUCAUUCAGAGCCUCUGCUGGUGCUAGCUCUAAAAGUCUUCGAGACAUUGAGUCCAUCAGCAAGAGUGUCUAAAAUAUUUCAGUCAUCAGAUUGUUGGUAAGCAGCUGAUACUCCCCACUGAUCAAACAAGAAAAAGGUCAUUUCUCAACAUUGUUCAAUGUUUUCAAUGUGUUGUUUUUGAAUGGCUCUAAAGUUACCAAAAUUCUCAUCGGAAUUAUGCAUUUAUAUUAUUUCAUCCUUUGAAUUUCGUUUCGAUUGUAUCUCAAAACAUUGAGGUUAAAUUGCCUUACUUGUUAAGUGAAUGCCCCGUAUCUUUUAUUUAUGCCUUUUCGUCCUUUGAAAUUGUUGCAGUCUGUGGUAAAAUGUUUGAUCGAGUAUUUUUCUGACUGGGUUGAUUAAAGAUGCUUCAAUUCAAGCCACUGUCUACUUUUUUGAUUUCUAAAGAAUUGAUCAUUGGUUUUUAGUUACCCCAAGUAAUCGUUGAUCAUUUUUGGGUGCACCAGGCACAGUACAUUUGCAAUUAUUGAAGCGUCUGUCACAAAAUCGAGCUAUUUAAGUGCACUAAAAAAAAAAAAAAAAAAAAAAACUGUGAAUUGUCCUUCAUGCAUGACAGUGAUCCCAGGCUCCUCCUUUUCAUUAUUUCAAGGUGAUGUUGUACCUUUCCACUUAGAAAGUUUGGGAAUGAAUCAGGCAUAUGCCUUUUUGGUCCCCCACUCAAAAAUACAAGUUUACUUAUAUCCAAAAUUGGGCUCUGUUAGCGGUUCUGCCAAGUUGUGACGAGCCCUCAACAAUUAAAAUUGUUUGAGACUGUGAGGAAUAACAUAGACUCAUCUGUUCAAGAAACUCUAUUUUCAAACCCAAAUUCUAUAGUUUCUCUACUUUUCUAGAUUUGUACCUCAGUUCCCAUCUGUAAGAGGUUAGAUGCUUGUCAUAACAUUACAGUAGGGCAUUGUGAAGAAGGAAAAAAUUGUCUUGUCUAAUUUUCAAACUUUCUAAAGGAAAAGUUAUCCUUUAUAUUGAUGGUUGUUCAAUUAGAUUAUCGUAAUGGUACCUGUACUAUUUAAUUUUACCCAGUCACUGAAAUACGCCUUUCAUAAUUAAACAUUUUCUUGUUUCCAUAACCGUGAUAUUUAACUCAGUUAACUCCCUCAAGUUAAGUAUCAAAGAACUGCAUGUGCUCCCAAUUUUUUCUAGAAGUAUCAGUUUUUUUUUUUUAAUCUUCCAAUCGGAUUGUUUAAAACUCUUUGUUAACUCCCUAGAGUUCUUCUAAUGAAUUAUACACCCAAUAAAGGUGGUCUGGUUUAAGAAGGUCCCCCCUCCCCCUUAAAUUCUAUCCAAUCAAAAAUUGGUGGACAUUAGAGUGUUGGCAAAUUUUUUUAUCUCAAACAUUAUUGGACAAUAAGUAAAUCCUGCUUUUGUUAAAAAUGUAGUGAUGCAGGCAUUGAGUGUAACGUCAUUUUACUACCAAUGAAAUUCAGUCUCUCCUCGACUCAUAACAGAUCAAUUGCUCUGCCACUUGAAAUAAGAUCUCACUGUCCUGGAGGAGAUAAAAAUAAUUUUUUAAGAUACAAUCAGACUCAGAACUCUCAAUAAAAGUAAAAUAACCCAUGAAUAUAAGAUGCAAUAAAAGUGUAACUCAACUGAUGCUUUCGUAUCUGAGGUAUAUCAGAUUUUCUUGUAACAUAUUUUUCCCUGCCCAGAUUAUCUUGUCCAUACGACCGUACAUCUUUGCAAUUUGGGGGAGAAUUGGGAGUACAGUCUGAAAAAUAUCCUCUUAAUUAUUGAACUUGAGGCUUGUAAAUGUAGUGUAGGAUAGUAGGCCUCCAUGCAUUCCAAAAUAAGUAUUUAAGUCGAAAACUGUAAAGUUAAGGUUACUUCUAAGAAAAGUGCUUAUCAGUUUUGAUCGCCACUUGUAUACUUUUUUCUUUUUUGCUAUGUUUUAAUUUUAAAGUACGUAUUUCUUUCCCUUUCAUUUCUGACCAGCACCGACAGCUGCUCUGCUAGAGAAUUAAACCUUGAGAAAACAUGAGAGCAACAAAUUUUCAAUUCAGAGCUAUCGUUUCACAUGAUGUUUCCUUGAUUUUUAAGGAUACCUUAUCCUGAAAAAAUUUACCAUCAAGAAGAGGUAUCACUCCUUUGUGGCGACCGUCUCAGUUUGAUCAUAGUAACGUAACAUUUGUAUCUGGCAUUUUUGAAUGAUGCAGGACAUGUAUAAAACAUUAUGGAUCACUUCAAUAAUUAUCAACCUUGUUGAAAUAUUUUUCCUGUUUUUUCCAAUAAACUAUUUUGUACAGGAUGAAGAACAAGGGAUAGGUGACUGCUCUUUUUUCACUCUCAGUUAACAUAAAUCAAAUGUUGUUAGUUUUGUUGUUGAAAUUAUUUGAACUCUCCAGCACUAAAUGAAGCUGUUGAAUUAUUCUUAACUAAUUUUUUGUUAUAAAAAUGUCAAAUGAAGCAUAGACCACCGCGCUAUAAUUUAUGGAGCACACAUAAAAUCGCACAAAAUAAAGUCUACAAAGGAGGCAAUAGGAUCAAAUAAGAAGAAAAGUGUGGGAAGAGAAAGAAUAAUGGAAAUUCUUGGGCUGAAUGUGGAUUUUAGUAAUCUAAAAAGUUAGAGGAAGAGAUCUCUGUUGUAUCCAAUUUCUAUUAAAAGAAAUUGUAAAAAUAUUUUUUCUCAGUCAAUUAAUGGUCAAAGGGUUAUUUUCAAGGCCUCUGAGUUCUUUGAAAAUAGUGCAUUUAAGAAUCUAAUGAAAUAGUGUUGUCAGAAUAACUUAUUUCCGGCUUGGCUUGCGGACUGAAAAACAAGUUAAAUUGAUUUCAUAAACAUCUUUCCUUUUAGGAAUGUGAUUGUUAUAUUGAAAAACUGCUUAAUUCAGUUUAUGCUGUCUUCUCUCUACUCCUCCUAAAGAUGAGCAGAUCCAUUCCUUGCCUCGGAAAUCCAGAAUUUUAUUUCAUGGUCCCUAUUCCUCCUUGAUUGAUGUUUCAGUGCACAUCGAACGGUGAGUUCUCCACGCCUUUAAAAUUAGGAAGCUGGCAUUAAAUACUAAUCUCCGCAGUUUAUUUUCCCUAGCUUCAUUUGACAUUUCAAGUUGUUUCUCUAUGUUAUGUAUUAAAUAAGAAAAAUGUAUUACCUAGUUGUAAAAACGUAUUAUGUAUUUUAUAACUGUAUGAUUGAAACGAUUAAAUUCUAUUUUAAUGA